AUGGAACAAGCGUGUGGACUUAACUGUUUCGCGAGGAGCUUGAACUACCAGUUGGACGCUGGUUCGAGCGUGCUUCGGUCGACCUGGGUGGAGCCGCACGCACCUCCAAGCUGGACGCUUGGCACAGGGACUGGUGCACGGCGGCGGCUUUCGGGUGCGAGCGCUUGGAAGCACGCUGCAGUUGCGGCGGUGCAACUGCCAUCUUUUUUGCCUCCGGCCGGUGUAGCGAUUCUCGGCUGUGGCACCGGCUGUUGUUUGCUAGCGCUUGGUUGGUCGUUUGAGAGCGUGCGUCGCUACGGCAUCCAGGCACCGAGGGCGUUCACGGGUUGCGGCGUAGGCAUAGGGUUCGGCUGUGUCGGUGUUGGUCAAGGGUUUGGUCGCUAUGUGCCCUGGGCAAAGGAUACACGCCCGUCAUCGCUUCGAAAGGACCUGAGGCAGAGCAUGGAUGAUGUUGUCCGCUUUUUUCGCGAACGCUUUGGCCACGAGUCCAAACAGAAAGAGGAAACAUCGCAACCGGCAGAACUUGUUCCUGAGCCCAACGAAAUAGUGGUUGCACCAGAACUCGAGCAGGAGCCUUUACCAGCACCUCCGGAGCGGCCUCGUCCGCGUCGUUGCAUCGAAGUACGCGAAUAG